UUCCAGAAAUAUUUUAGUAAAAUAAUAGUUUUUUUAUAGUUAGACUUUCCACUACCAGGAGAACUAUAACUAUGCGAGUGAAACCGCGGGGUAAUUCAGUAGUUAAUUAAAUAGUUAUUUAAUUAAUAAAAAGUGAACUGAAAAUGUUAUCAAAUACAAUGAUAAUUAAACAAGUAUAAGAAUGGUAUUUAAAAACGAAUCAGAUCACGCACUCAUUUGAUUACCUGCGUUCAGCAUUGAAGUGCUCGAUAUGUUUUACACAAGUGAUUAUAACUCAUACUCAUACCAAAAUAUUAAAGGAAACAUUUUCACUGUUAUAUUAAACGGAUUUUGUACCACGGAUAGUUUUCCUACAUUCUCCGUUGCACAUGCAUCGAAACCACUCAUAAAUUUCUCAACUAUAUUUGGAAUGCAGAAUGUCCGUUUCAAUAAAAUCGGCAUACAGCGAGUGUCAAUCUUCAAUAAAUUCUACUGCAUUUUUAUAUUAAGUUUGUUAAUUUGUGUCAUUGUCUGCAUCCCACCCCUUAGUUGGAAAGAAACUAAAUCGGAUCUACCUUUAAAUAUACUAACGAGAUUAUUCGGAGUUUUACAAACUUUCGAGAUAUUUUAUUACGUUUUUAUAGUCUCCUUUGGCAACGCGAGUUAUUACUGGAACUUAUAUAAAACUUUAAACAGUUUGGAUAACCAUUACGAGAAGAGGUUGAAAAUGUUUGUUAAACGACGAUAUUUGGCUAUAUUUCUAAUGUUUACUCCGCUACUGUUAAUUACAUUUACGUUUUAUUUGCGAAAGUUUACCAUACAGAAUGUUGUGGCCCAGAUAACAUUCUUUCUAAUUAUGCUGCAGGGAGUGAACUUUGUAUAUUUCAUCGUCAAUAUUUUUAUAGAGGUUUUAAUCUUCAAGGCUGUAUUGUUUAAGAAGGUUGAAGACUUUGUUCCUACAGAAAUUAACAAAAAGAGUUUUUUGACGAAACUCUUGAUAAAGAGACUUGUUACCUCAGAAAACUUGAAGCGUCGUUAUUGCUGGUUUGAACUUAUGCAAAUUUAUGAUAAAAUCGCUGAUUGCGUUUAUAUCUUCAAUAAAAUAUAUGCAGGGCAGAUUUUGAUUAUGUUUGAAGCCUGGCUGCUCACAACUGUUCUCGUUAUAUGCAGAUCAUUAUCGCCAUCUAUGAAGUAUUCCGAAGUGAUGUGGAGUGAUGCCUUCUAUUACACAUUUCUAAAUAUACGACCAUUUUUUCUUACGAAAAUGAGUGAUUUUUUUAUACAAGAUAGAAGAGAAACACUAUCUUUACUCAUACGUGUACUAAUUCAUACUGACACGAACUAUUAUUUAUAUCAAAGCCAGGUACAAACUAUGAUCACUCAAGUGCAAGGCAGAAAAAUAGAAUUGUCGGCUGUGGUGGCAGCAGUCGAUAUGCCAAUCAUGAUUGCGUUUGCUGGCAAAGUUAUAUCCUAUAGUGUUUUAGUUAUACAAUACUUUUACAUUAAUAACUAACUGUAUUAUGUGGUUUCUCUCGCGGUAAUUAAGGACCCGUGCACAUCAUAACUGACGAUAUAUAUCACUACAUAGUAUAAAACGUCGCUUUCUCUGUCUCUAUGUCCCUUUGUAUGCUUAAAUCUUUGAAACUACGCAACGGAUUUUGAUGCGGUU